GUGAACGCAUUCAGCGAUGAGAUUUUUACACAGUUUAAAUUUCUGAUGCAACUUCGGUUAAAGUCGCUGCGACCCCGGUCAGAAUUAGGGGACUGGAUGCUGGAAGGAUGGAUCUUGGCUGAAGAGUCAGGAUUAAAAAAAACAUUUACGCAAACAGCCCAAAGCCUCCGGCUUUUCUCGCUUAAGUUUAAUGGGACUCUAGCUCCCCUGCGCGGUUGCGCGGUGUCACACCGCCCCCCGUCCUCCCUUGGUCCUCCAGCGGGUCUACCUUCUUGUCGCUCCCCUCCACCCCAAAGCCUCGUCGUUUGCCAGUGAACUCUGACUCCGCUGGACGGGAGAUACCAGCCCGAGGCCUGUGCAGCAGUAAGGGGCGGCUGUGGGAAAACGUGCCGCUUGUGGACAAAAAUGUGCAGCUUUACAUGGAAACGCCCUUUGAGCCUGUGCCGUCUUGGUCACCAUGACACCCAGCAGAGGAUUCUGGGAUUGAGACACAGCUCACUCCCACAGAUGGCCUGGACUGGGUGUGAGCUGGCCUGCUAGAGCAAUGGGAAGCUGCUGGAGCUGCCUGUACAAAGACACGGUCCCAGACAACCACCCCACCAAAUUCAAGGUGACCAAUGUGGACGAUGAGGGCAAUGAGCUGGGCUCUGGCACCAUGGAGCUGACGCAGACAGAGCUGGUGCUGCACACACGCAAGCGGGACGCCGUUCGGUGGCCAUACCUGUGCCUGCGUCGCUAUGGCUACGACUCCAACCUCUUCUCUUUCGAAAGUGGCCGCCGCUGCCAAACAGGACAGGGGAUCUUUGCCUUCAAGUGUACACGGGCAGAGCAGAUCUUCAGCUUGCUGCAGGAGCUCAUGCAGUGCAACAGCAUCAAUGUGGUGGAAGAGCCCGUUCUGAUGGGCAGGCCAGGGCACGCCCCUGGCCACGCCCCCGAGAUGGACCUGCCCCACACACCUCAGACGCCGAACACUCCGGCGUACUCCGUCCAGGGAUUCCCCAAUGGAUACCCGGGCUACCCCAUUAGCGCAGACUCGUCACACGCUUCGUCUCGCCACCCCUCAUUGGCUGACGAGCAAGGCCACAGCCUCAUGGGCCUCGAUGACCAGACCCACACGUAUGUGAACACAGCCACUGUGGAGGGAGAGGUCAGAGGUCGACACUGUGUCCACUCUCUACCUGAGGUACGGCCUAGCCCUUUUCCAGAAACCACACGGAGUAUGCCAUCAGCGGCAGGCCAGGGGGGUGGCCAUCCCAGCAUGCACUGCUGUCCGCACGAGGAACACGGAGACCCUCAGGUCUUCCUGCAGACGGCCUCGCAAGAGGCGAAGUUCAUGCUGGGACCCACCCCAGCUCAGCGGCACCUCCUGGAACGGGACAGGGAGAGGCACGUGCACCACGGGCACGGAAUCCGGGGCUUGGAAGAAGGGGGUGUGGCCUCAGAGGCAGAGCCGCUACACCCACGCAACCCCCAUGCGUACCACCACCAUCACCACCACCACCAUCCGGAGGGCUGUCACAUGGCACGGCUCACCUAUGAGAAUGUCGAUGGCCUGCGAGGGGCGGGCCGGCGGGGUGGGGUUGCCCGACGGCUCAACCUGUGCCCCGGCAGCACGUCGCACUCUGGGGGGUCUAGCAGCAGCAGCAGUGGAGGGGAUGGCCUCCCAUUGGCCCUCCCACACAGUCACAGUCAUGGGCCCGCCUCCUUAGCCCCACAAGCCUAUGGCUGUGAGCGGGGUGUGGGCAUGGCUGGGCCGGGGAUGGGUGGCGCCCACCGCAGAACAGCUCUGCUGAAUUACGAGAACCUGCCCUCUCUGCCCCCCGUGUGGGAGUACCGAGCCCUGCAGAGGGAGGAGGACGAGGAGGAGGAAGAGGACGAAGAGGGCGGCCAGGAGGAAGACGAGGAGUACGAGGAAGAGGACUAUGACGAGUACGAGUUCUCGGAGGGGCCAGGCACGCCCAAUGGGUACCACCAGGACGGAAGCCAUGCCCUGCGUGAUUACGUCAACACCGGGCAGGUGGGACUGGCCCUAUCGCGCCGGCAGCACUGCCCAGCAGCCAGGCCGGGACCAGGCGGGGUAUUCAACUUUGAUUUCCGCCGGGGUGGGGGAGGGGGGCAGGGUGUGGGUACAGGGGGCUGCGAGCAUGGACACGCCCCUCCCUCACGGCAGCUCAACUACAUACAGGUGGAGCUAGACGCCGAGCGUGGGCGUGAGGCCCUGGCAGCGGGGGGAGGCCCUCCGGGUGCUCGUCGCAGUGAGUUCUACGCCGUCAUUGACCUGAAGAAGACUGCCGCCAUGUCCAACCUGCAGAGGGCGCUGCCGCGAGAUGACGGCACAGCCCGCAAGACGCGCCACAACAGCACUGACCUACCGCUGUGAACUAUGUGUCUGGUCCUGACCCAUUCCCUUACCUUCCAUGUGAUUGGCUGAGGGGUGGACUAAAACAGUGAAAUCAGAAGGAGAACAGUAGAGUGAGAGUCAUUCCUUCAGUGAGGCCAGGGGGCUGGCCGUCCGUGUGACGGGGGAGGGUCAACCCAUUGGGUCUUUUGUACCACCUCUAAAGCUGCCAUCGCCUCCUCCUCGUGUUUAGUUUAAUUUUUGUCUAGAGCUGCUCUUUCCUGUCAUUUGUCUUGCCACAGGAAAGGCUGAAGUUCGGUUACUGGUGACCUGAGAGCCCUGAGCCCUUUGUGUUUAGUAGAAUGUAAGUCUGUGAAAGGCAAGAACAGUCAUGCACACGCACUUGCACACGCACAUGGGCACUAGGAGAGCGCCUGCUACAGGAGGCCACCUGCUCCUUUGCAAUAAAUAUAAACUAGUGUCACAUGGACAAAAUCCCCAGACUGUACUGUAGCCCCUUAGAACCUAGACUGUACUUUGGUCGCUAAGACAGCCCAGGGGUGUCAAACUCCAGUCCUUAGGGGGCCGGAGCCCUGUGUAGCUUAGUUCUUUCCUUCUUCCACCACAAAUGAUUCAGCUCAAGAGCUGUGUGGUAAUUAGCACAAGGAGGUGCAAGGAGUUGAAUCAGGUGUGUUAAAUGAGGGGAAACCCAAAAAUGCGUAAGGCUCCGACCCUCCAGAACUGGAGUUUGACAACCCCUGUUGUAACCCAUAAGACCCUAAACUGUACUGGAUUCACUAAGACCGAGGAGGUGGAGCUCAGGCUUAAGGUGUCCGCAUUUCCCAGUGCUCAGGGGACAAAGUUAAGUGGAGAACGUUGUCCCACGCAUGUGCUGCCUUCACUAAGCCAUCACACUGCCUGUAAGAGUGAGAACCGCUUCUCACUGAUCUUUGCUAAAGGCUCUCUGGACAAAUGCUUGUGAAGUAAGGGAACAUCCUAACAGUGACGUUUUUAUUUGUCCAGUCUGCCCUCAUAGAGUUUUAAGUGCUUUGUUGUUACCAGAAAAUAAUGCUCAGUCAGUGUUUCCCCUCAAAUUAUAACAUUGAACGUGACACAGCAAUUCCCUAUUCCACAUCUAACCUGUGUGUCAAAUAUUGACAAUUUUAUUCAAGGGCACGAGGAUUUCUGUAAUGGAAACUGCAUCGAGGGAAACGGCACGUUCAGUGGAAACCAUGUCCUGAACACACUCAUGUGUUAAGAGCAGGGGUUUCCACAGAAAUUACCUAUAGGUCUAUAGCCUUAUGGAGACAACAGUCCUUGUUAGCUAAUUUAAAUACAGAAAAUAAACCAGCAAAUGUCCUGUCAGGUCGCCACGGUACGAAACGGAGAACAGUGGGGAAGUAACCUAUAUGGUUUCAAGAAGGGCCUGUUUGCUAUAUUUUAUUAUUUUAAUCAAGUUGCUCACUUUUUAUUUUUGCUGCUUUCUUUUUAUCUAACAGUCUGAGAUUUGGCCCAGUUCAUCCAUCUGCAUUUCAUCAUUUUUUUCUCUGAUGGCUGGCAGGUAGAUGCAUCCAGUGAGGAUGGAAUCCAUCAUGGUACCUAAGUACCCUCCCGCUCUGUCUUUGCUUAUUCAGCUAUGAAUUUAAUGGCCAUAAACCUCUCUGGUGGCUUUAAGAAGCCGUACACUUGCGUGUUGGGCCCGUUCACCAGGGCUGCACUCACUGUGGUCCGACCCCGAGUUGUCGCGGUGGCAGACGGGGCCGGUGCCGCAGCCACAAACCAGUUGCCGGAGUGCCGGUUUUUGGUUGCCUGCCGUCUGUAGUGCAGAAUCCUUGUUACUGAGUGUAUCCUUUACGGGGCAGAAUUGUUUUUGGUUCAGCUGUGCUGCUGUAACUGGCCCACAUUGAGAGAGCCCGCAAAAGUGGGGGCUAUGACCAGUCCGUCUGAAUCGCACAUUCAUCUGACACACAGCUCUUAUGUGCGAGGAGUGCGUCUGUUGUGUUAAAGUGCCAAAUCUCUCAAAUUCACACAGUCUGAACAUGCGCGCAGAAAGCAUUUGCUCAGUACUUCGUCAUAGUGCCAUUGUGGUCAGCUUGCAACUUGAGGGCUAAGCAUUAAAACCCAAAUACCUCACUGAUGUUAUCUUGUUUUUAAACUGUGAAUGAAGGUCACCUGUAGGGACCCACCGUACCUUGCAAUUUCUUCACUAAUAAACUCGUGUGCGGUUGGUAGUUUGUAUAGAUGGGACCAAUGGUCAGGUUGAGUGUACUGCACUUUGUGUGUUUCCCCUGCCUCCUUCAGACUGACCUCUGCUGGAGACACUCUGUAUUGCUGGAUCUCCCACAGCGGAUGGUACGAGUUUGAAGAGAAAGGGACAGACCGAAAAAAGGGGUCUGAGCCCGUGCAUUAUGGUUCGACUGCCAGUAAUGGGGUAUCGUGGUGUAGGUGUGUAGUUUUUAGUUCAUCUUUAGAUUUACCAUGACCGCACUUUUGGUUCUAUGUCUGUGAAAAUAUGUGCUGUUCUUUUGUAGGGUUUGUUUGUGUGACUGUAGCAUGCAAGCAGGUAAUGACCAAGCUGCUUGUGAUAAAGCGGUAGGCUGCUGUCUUACUCCUGGCCAACCUUGACCAACCAACUGGACCGCUUGAGUUCCAUGCCAAACUCCCCUAACCCCCAGCACAACCAUCACCUGGCCAGUUUGUUCUAUUUUAGGGCAUUCAUGCAGGAUGUGUCUGUCUGUGCCUCCAUGUAGGAAAUCAUACAUAUUCCAGAUGGCCAUUGCAUUCCUGUGUGUGUGUGUGUGUGUGUGUGUGUGUGUGUGUGUGUGUGUGUGUGUGUGUGUGUGUGUGUGUGUGUGUGUGUGUGUGUGUGUGUGUGUGUGUGUGUGUGUGUGUGCGCGUGUGUGUGUGCGUGCGUGCAUGUGGAUUAGGUUUAUAUUACAUUGUGGGGAGCAAAUGUCCCCCACAUUGUGAUAAACAUCUGUUAUUUUGACAUUGUAGGGACAAUUUUUUAGGACCAUUUUUUUUAGGGUUAGGGCUGGAUAGGGGUUAAGGUCGUCAUGUUGGGUUUUCCCCAUAGACAUGAAUGGAGUCCCCACAAAGAUAUAAUUACAAACCUGUGCGUGUGUAUAUUGGGGACACCGUGCUUGCUUGCACAUGAUAUUGCGGCUGUUACUGAGCUCACUGCAUUACUCAGAGGGUGCAGGACAAAUGCAGAGCAUGGUUGUUGCACAUGAUGUCUGCAGCUUCUGGAUUUCAGUUGCCUUAGUUGCAGUCUGAUUAUUUUGCUUAACAUAUGAAGCUGUGCUCCCGUCAUCCAUGGAUAAAUUUGCCCGAUCCUGUUAACCUCAUAUCAUAGUAUUAUUU